AUGUCGACGCUCGCCGAGGUGAAGCAGGCGCUUUGGGAGCUGCUUUCCGCGGACGCGGACGUGCGGUGUCGUGCGGCGUCCACGAUUUUGCAAGGCAGUUUGCACUUGCCCGAUGAGGAUUUCGCGUAUACUUGCAGGCGUUUGGUUGCUGGUCUCGUAUCAUCAGUGCAGGGUGCUCGCGAAGGGUUCAGCCUCGCGCUCUGCGCUUGUCUACGGCAGCUGCGUGCGGCUGAGGUAGAAGCGACCGGGCACCGGCGACAAGCGCUUAUCCUGGACGCAUUGCAUCGCGCUUACGAUCUUGAAGGCGUACCUACGACAUCAGAUCCACUCCAGAACGUGAAACAUGUCGGUGAUGCGCGCGAAAUAGCCCUCGCACGCCUGUUCGCACUGGGUGCUGUACUCGGCUCAUGGGAGCCGUCGCACUGCGAGUCCUUGCCGCCGCUGCAGCUGGGCGGCAUUCUUGAGGUUCUAGCGCAUAUCGCUGAUCAGGAUACGAAAAACUUUGCGGAAGCGUGUGGGCGUCUUGCCUGCGAGGCAGUGGCAAAACUUUGUGUCGAUCGCUCCCUGUUCCGUGCAGGUUCAGGCGCACGUGCAGCAGUUCUGCGAUACUGGAAACGCCGGCAACGACAGGGCCGUCCGACGCUUGAUGCGCUUGCGGUCAUGCUUUUCUGUCGAAAUCGGUACACGCUGCGAGCCAGUGAAGCGGACUGUCCGCUCUGGGGCCAGGAAUCGCCUUGCCGGAGCCCAGAGCUUCUCCGCAGGUACGUUGUACCCGUGAUCGAGGACCUGUCAACCGAGCAUUCUCCAGUGAUGCCACGUGCUUUUGAUCUGCUUCUAGCAGAAAUGGAUGCCGAUGUCACGCCUUCUGAUGAUGGAAAUGCUCCUGCUCGGAAACGUCAUCGCAGUGGAGACAGCUCGAAAGCCGCGUGGAUCAUGCUUUACGAGCAGGUCGUGGCGCCGCACUUAUUCUCCAGCAAGCAUCCAGCGCAUGUAGCGCUGGCGCUGCGGCUCUGCAUGAAGGCUCUGCAAAUUGCCGCGAGCUCGCCUUGCGUCCAAGCGCAAGACUGGCGUGCUAUGCUCGCUCACGACGACUGGAAUGAGCACCUUUGGAACGUUUCACCGCUUCAUCGCAAGCACGCUCAUGACCUGGAGCCGCUGCUCAAGGCGUUGACGGAUGCGCUUGUAGCGCUACUUGGCAGACGAUGUCCACUGAGCACAUCUCUGGCGGAAAUCUUGUGGGAGAAGGAGCUGCAGCGAGCGCGGGGUGAACACCAAGGGUCCCCAGCCGUUGUUGUCUUAGAGGCUGCCGCUCGCCAUCUACGUGCGACCGAGCUGGCUCGAAUGGUCAGGUCGUCGGUCGACCUGACGAAGCUCCCGUUACUCGUUCGUGGAUGGAACGAGAGCCUUCGCCGUGGUGCAGCUGCCGAGCGCACCGAAUGUUCGCAUAAGGUUCUGGCACUGCUUGACUCCCUGGCUGCUCUGAUUGAAUCGGGUUCGUCUUCAAGGCUUGAGCGACAGCAUUGGCGAGGUCCACUGUUCAGUGUCGCAGCGUUCAUCGCAACCUGGUCUGAAUACGCUGCGAACGAGCCCGUGCCUGACUGGCUUGGAAGUAUGAGAUCUCUGCUUGGGUGUAUGCAACGGAAAGCGCAGCCCGAGUCCGAACGUGCUCUAUGUGUAUGUACUGCACACCUGGAAAGCCUUGCCGCGCUGUCGGAACACCGCGCAAGUCGCCUCGCGCUUCUCACGCUGGCCUUGGUUCUCAUUGUAGCGGUGUCAGCGUGGAGUGCGCCUUCACCAUCGCCAAAGAAGGGGGCACAGCGGACGCCCAGCGAGCCCUCUGACCUGAUUUUGCAUCAUUGCGUACCAUUCCUGGACCGCUGCAUCGAGCAUUUGCGGACUCCAGGUCUAGACGGCGACAUGUUCGAGAUCGAGCUCACGCGCCUCUGCUUGCAGUUGCUUCGUCUCGACGACAGUGGCGUGCGGAGUGCUGUCGACGUGAUUUUUGCUUCUAUGAUAGCUUCGACGCAGCAGACUGCGGCAGUGCUUCGAGUGGUACUGGGUGAGCUCCCUGGUCUUGCCGAUCAGGACGACACAAGCACCGAUGAUCUUGAUGAUGCCGAGGCAGACCUGCGCUCAAGCUCGAGCGAGAGCGAUGCGCCUAGCAUCAGCGCUGACGAGGCCACGACGGAUGCCUCGGAUACCUCGGAUGCCUCGGAUGUGGAAUCUAGCCGCCCGCAGGUCGACCUCCAGGCGGAUCUCGAGUUGGAUAUGGAUGAGGAGGAGCCGGCAGUGCUUGCGGCAUACGAUGCGCAACUGGUGGCUGCUCUAAAACCCCUCGUUGGGGAGCGACGACGAACAAGCCAGUUGUCGGCUUCAAACGCCGCGGAGAGGUUGCGGGAAAAUGCCUUCCACCACCGGGUCUUGGACCUGGUCCAGAUCGCGAUUCGGUAUCAGACUCGUGCUGCAGGUUUCGCACCGGUAACGCUCAUGGAUCUGCUGGGUGCGCUUCAUCAUGCUGCAGACUUUAUCGCUGAGACCCAGGGUACCGACGCGGCCUUAUACACAAGGCUCGUUCACGGAGUUCUUGGUCGCACGCAACGAGCAGCAGCAGCAGCAUCCCAGGUGGUCGAAGCAGCGCACGAGCGUGCGUUCCUCGAGUCUUUCCAAAACCUACUGGAACAGGUCGUAGCGCUGGCAACCGCGAGACCGCACGCCGUACGCUUUACCGAACACGACGCAGUGGCACUGCAUGCGGGUAUUCGGCUGGCGUUGCAAGCUGCACGUUCAGCGCAAGCCUCUACCCGGAUGGUGGAGCUGUUGUCUAGCGCGCUCUUGCAACCGAUCCUGAAUCACUAUCUCACUACCCGGGGUCGCGUCGUUUCCGCUGAACCACAGAAGCGCAGUUCGAUUGCUGUUUCGAGUCUAGUGACAUUUCUGGGUGAUUUGGGCCGACGCAUGCCUGCUGUCUUCGCUUGUCCGAUUCUGGAAGCGCUGCACGGAAUGCUCGCCAACGCCCAGGCCAUGCAGCAGGACGGCAGGCACGGGCUCCGCUCACAUGCACUUCUCGAAUGCUGGGCAGUGGUGCUGCCUCUGGCAACCAGCAUGCCGACGGUAGCGUUCCUCAGUGUGGAACGGCGCUUACCGAUUCUCGAACGCUGGAUCGAGGCGAUAGCAGCAUGGAACCUGGGUAGUGCUGGUCAGCGCAAGCUACUGAAACUCAGUCAACCGUUUCUCCGUCAGUUGGCGAAAGACCUGAACACACUUACAUCUUCCGCAGAGCGCGAUACCUAUCGGUGUCGGAUUCGGUGCCUUGUCGAAAGUAAGCUCCAGGUUUUGGCGCUAGGCAAUGCGGCAGGGUCGAAACAGCGCGAGCUGCUCGACCAGGUCCUGCAGACGUGCUGCAACAGUGUCGCUCAGGUCGCUGGAUCCGUCCGUGCGAUCUCUUGA